CCAGGUGGUCAAUCCUAAACCAGGACGCCCGUCCUCUUUUGUCAACUCUUGUGUGUCCAGGCAGUAGACGAGGUCAUUUAUUUUUGGGAAGUUUUGCUAAUAUGAGGCUUGUGUUUUGAUUGUCCAUCUAGGGUUGAUUGUACCUAACUUCUAUAUUUUUGUAUAUGCCCAACCAUGGGGCUGGGACUGUUUAUAUAUAUAUAUAACAGCUACUCAGGGACAUAUUACUGAACUUUAUCUGCCUAUGCUGAUGUAUGUAAUGUAUGUGAUCCUGGCAUAUUAGAAAUAGCUCAAUGGAGUUUGUUUAUAUCAGUGUUAUGUUAUUAUUUAAUGCUUCCGAUAAGGCCCCGUAUGUUAAGUAUACCAAGUUAAAUAUCCAUUUUUAAGUAGGUCAUGCCCAAACUUCUAGGGGCGGGUUUGGGGCGUGACAAGUGGUAUCAGAGCACGAGUUGCUAUCUCACACACGGAUCCAUUGAGCUUUAGGGUGUCUAGAAAAGAUUUAGGCAUCAUGCAUGACACCCUCAAAGUAUAGAAGAGGUCGAUGGCAACGUUAUAUGAACUCUGAUAAUGCUAACAAUUUGAAAUUAUGUCUAUUGUAUAUAAUUGAUUGUUGUGUAGGCUAUGGUGAGGACAAGGACAGAAGAUGCGGAAGAUGCUACUUCUGCACGGUUGGAUAUGAUGGAGAGAAUGAUUAUGGAAAUGGCGGAAACCCUACGGCAACAACAGCAACAGCCUCAACGACAACUGCCACCGCCACCGGUACCUCCACCGGCAGUACAAGAUUUCCAUGCUGAAAACCGAACCAUUACCCUUACUAAGGAGUUUAAAAAGAAGAAACCGCCAUCCUUUAAAGGAGGAAUAAAGCCCAUGAAAGCAGAGGCAUGGGUGUUGGGAAUAGAGAAAUUAUUUGAAGUUUUCCCUUGCACCGAAGCUCAAAAGGUGCAACUGGCUGCCUUUACCCUUGAGGAUGAGGCACGAAGAUGGUGGAUGCUUACGAGAACUAUACAUCAAGGAUUGACAUGGGACAGGUUUUUGGAAUUGUUUUAUGAUAAAUAUUUCCCUCAAAGUAUGCAAGAUAAGAAGGUGACUGAAUUUGAAACUCUCAGACAAGGGAACGAAACUGUUGCUGAAUAUGAAGCUCAAUUUGCAGAGCUAGCCCGGUUCGCGCCUCAUAUGGUAGACAUGGAUUACAAGAAGGCACGAAAAUUUGAAGGGGGAUUACGGGGUGCUAUUUUGGACCGAGUCAAUAUGUUGAAGUUGCCUACCUAUGUAGAUGUGUUGGAGAGGGCCGUCAUAGCGGAAGGAAAUAUUGUUGCACAAAAUCAAAUUUCUGAAUGGAAGGGGAAAAGACAAAACAACCAAUGGUCGAAGGGGUCAACUACUCCACCAAACAAGAAGCAAAAUUCAGGGACUUCAAAUGCGUCUACCCCUAGUCAGGAGCCAAUCCCCGUAUGUGUGGAGUGUGGAAAGAAGCAUCGUGGAAUAUGCUACCGGAAGUCUGGAGCCUGCUUUCAGUGUGGAAAAACGGGUCAUGUGAUAAGGGAUUUCCCUCAGAGGAAGCAGCAACAAAAUGGCAAUGGGACUACUACCAGUUCAGUGGGGUCUGCACCAACGACCAACACCAAGCCACCGGCCAAACCGACUAACAAUAAAGAUACCACGGGACAAGGCAGGGUGUUUGCAUUAGUUCCGGGUGAUGUACAGAAUGCGGCAACGGUGGUGUCAGGGCACACUCCGAGAGGAACAAGCACGUCAUCACAACACUGUCACCAACCAGGUGGUCAAUCCUAAACCAGGAUGCUCGUCCUCUUUUGUAAACUCUUGUGUGUCCAGGCAGUAGACGAGGUCAUUUAUUUUUGGGAAGUUUUGCUAAGAUGAGGCUUGUGUUUUGAUUGUCCAUCUAGGGUUGAUUGUACCUAACUUCUAUAUUUUUGUAUACGCCCAACCAUGGGGCUGGGACUGUUUAUAUGUAUAUAUAACAGCUGCUCAGGGACAUAUUAUUGGACUUUAUCUGCCUAUGCUGAUAUAUGUAAUAUAUGUGAU